AUGGAGCUCAGCUACCCGCUCGUGCGUGUGCCCUUUGAACGUGCCAACAAGAGCUUCCGUCUGUACCACAAGCAGCUGACACGCGAGCUGGCGCAAGCUGUGACGCAAAUCAAAGCACUGGAUAAUGGCAAUAACCAGCAGCCAGACCAUCAAAUCGACAUCGACGCGGCGGUCAAGAAGCUGACUGAACUGGCAAAGACUUUGCAGAGUUUGAAGCAGAGUGCCACGAGCAAUGUGCUGGAGCAACAAAAUGACUUGGAGAACUGUGCCAAGCGCACGAGAUACCUCAAGAUACAGCAAGAUACAAAGAUUGGAGGUGACUCCUCCAUGUUUAUAUGUCAAACUGAUGAAGGGUCGAUCAACGAUCGACUUAUUGCCGACUAUUUGCUUGGACAAGGAUAUCUCAAGAGUGCCAAGAUAAUGGAAGACAACAAAAAUAUCGGCUACUUGCUAGAUUACGAUCUUCAUGCUGAAUGCCAAGCGGUGCUAACGGACUUGCGAGAUUUUCAUACAGAAAAGGCGAUUGCGUGGUGCUCACAGAAUGGCACACGGCUGCGGCGUUUGCAGUCACUACUGGAAUUUCACCUGCGACUGCAAGAUUUUGUCGAGUACAUACGCUCGCGUAAACCAUUGGAGGCUGUUCAGUACGCGCGUACGUACCUUGCACCUUUAGCAAUCCAACCGGACAACCAGGAUCUUCGUGAUGCUGCGAUUGGCGAAAUUCAGAUUGCCAUGGCUACGUUGGCAUUCGAGUCGCCUGAAAAGUGCAGUAUCGAGGCGUACGAAAGAGUCUUUGCGGUGGAUCGAUGGUUGAUGCUGGAAAAAAUGUUUCGCAAGACUUUCAACGACGUGUAUAGGAUGCACGACCCACCAUCGCUAUGUAUUGCGCUUCAUGCCGGGCUCUCUACGCUAAACACACGAGCGUGCCACCUUAUUCGAGACUCAAACCUAAAGGCUAGACUUGGCAAUGAGAAUGGCGAGGUUCAGUUGAAGCCGAGCACAGCAUUGCAGCCAAAGAGUAAUGAUUCCGCUAGCUGUAGCCAGGAGGCUUCCGGUAGCAAAAAACGCAAGCACGCUCGUACCGAGACACCAGUACCUAUCUGCCCCGCAUGCACUGAAGUGGGCAGUCAGUUGUGCACAGGUCUUCCAUUUGCGUACCACCCGCACUCAAGGCUGGUUUGCCGAGUAAUGGGAUGUGUCAUGGACGAGCACAAUCCACCCUUUGUACUUCCCAAUGGUCGCGUGUAUAGCAAACAAGGCAUUGAGCUGCUAACUCAGCGAAGCUCCGACGGAAUGAUCAAGUGUGUGGACACCCAUGACAUAUUUUCACCAAGUGACGUAAAGCCCAUUUAUAUCCUCUAA